UUUUUGAUCCACUUAUGGAAGAGUGUACGAUCUAAUCAGUCGGGCAUCUAAGGGUUAGUACUGUGUUAGAACACUGGUGAUUUUAUGACUUUUCUGAUUUAUUUUGCCGCCAAGUAAAGCAUUUUGUAAUCUGGGUUUUGAAAAGCACUCUAAAAAAGUUAAUUAUUACUAAUUGCCCAGUUGCUUCCAUACACAAACUGCAAGGACACAUCGAGUCAAUAAAGAUCAGCCUUAUAUAACACCAGCCAUGAUAUAAAUUCACUGUCCCCCACUCCUCCAACACAACACCCUGACACACUUUUCAAGAUGGUGCUGUUGCUUCUGCUGGUGAUGCUGACAUCAUGUGCUGCCAUUCCUCAAGAUCUGUCAGAUAAAAUGUUCACCUUCCCACAAGAAACCAACACUUCUCAUGUGAGGCUGACUUCAUCUAGACAAAAUCUCGGGGCUGUAACUGUCUGUCUCAGGUUCUUCACAGACCUUAAAAGAGCUCACUCUCUUUUCUCAUUGGCGGCACCCUCUGUUAUCGAAAACUUCCUGAUAUUCAAGAGGACUGCAAGUGAUGAGUUUGAGGUAUGGGCCAAGGACCGAUAUGCAAUUCUUUAUGGGCAGGACUACAAGCUGAACACGUGGCACUCUGUUUGUUCUACGUGGGACGCUGCUUCUGGAGUGAUGCAAUUCUGGUUAGAUGGAAAACCCUCAAGUCGGAAAUUCGUCAGAUCUGGAUCCAACAUCAAUGGACCGAUUCUAAUUGUUUUAGGACAGGAUCAAGAUUCCUAUGGUGGGGGUUUCGACAUUAAGCAGUCUUUUGUUGGCAUGAUGGCCGAUCUCCACAUGUGGGACUACGUCAUUUCCCCCUGUGAGAUCCAUAGCUACUCAGAACAACAGAUUUUCACUCUAGGCAACGUGCUGGACUGGUCAGCGCUGGAGUUCCAGAUUUCAGGAAAAGUGCUGAUAGAAGAUUAUAAAAAAACUUGUUGAUCAACUUUUGAUACCAGACUUUUCAUGUGGCAAGGUUAAAAUCAUAACUUAAGGUUCAAUAUAAAGGUUGCAUCAAGAUUAAUCUGAAGAUAAAGCAUUUAUUUUUAAAACCUCUCAUAGAAAUAGUCAAAUUGUCUGUUGUUUUUGUUUCUUUGCUUAUAAGAUGUAGCCAUAUAUAUUUCAGAUAUAUCUUUGGUCUUUGGUUUAAGCCAUGACUAGUAACUGCCAAGUAUCUAUUGCAUCUGCUGUUCUCACUUUAUGGUGUAUUAACAUACUCUGUUACAUCGUAGGUAAUCAGAGACUGAGUCCAGAUCAUUACUCUGGUGAUGCUGAAUUCAUUCCUGUGUAGAAAAUUCUGUGUUAGGGAGAUCAGAAGAAUGCCAAUCCUGCAGAGGUGUGGUUUUCCUCACAGUUGACCCUUUAUGACCCUUAUCAGAUUCUAGUGGAGGUAGGAGGCAUCCUGUUGUCUCCCGGAGAGCCGUGAGUGGUCCUUUAUUAGUAAACAUCUGAUCGACAGAUGUUCCAUUUGGAAGUGAAUGUUGGGUUAGCUGUCUUCUGAAAUGGUGUCUUAUGAAAUUUACAGCUUGGGAGAGGGUCUUUGGAUUGUUGUGUGUUGCUCUUUAAUGUUCUGCUCCUUAGUAUGCUACAAUUAUAAAUAUCUAUUAUAAUAAUAGAAGAUAAGAUAAAUUUUAGCACUGGGGAAAUUCAUAUACAGCUGCUUGAUACGAAUGAAGCAGAGUAGAAGCGAGACAUGAAAUACAAUUCUGCAAUAAGGAUAAAAAUAAAGAGUAAGACUAUACACACAGGGGAUGUGUUAUGUAGAAUUGUACUUAAAAUUAUGCAGAGUAACAGUACUUCAUUUUUGUUCUCGUGGUAAUUAAUCAAAUUAGGUGUCAGGUGAUUAUGACAUUAAUCCAACUUUAAGAUGGAGAAGGAAGGGAGAGGAAAAUUUGGGAAAAAUAGCAACAUCAUUUAACAUUUAAGUCUGACAUAAACAUAUAUGUUUUAAUGAAGGAUUCAUUCAUCAACAAACACGUCGGUUUAAAUUUGAUGGAUUCAUUUGGAGUCUCUUGAUAUCAAAUUCCCCGGCUGAUUUUUGCUUCCAGUUGUGCUGUGGACAGAGAAUAACAGCUUAAAGGGCAUGCAUAUAUAAUGUGGAGAGCAGAUGUGCAGGUUCCAAAAUAAGGACGCCGACUGGCACCACAGCAAAGAAACAAUGAAAUAGUUCAUAUUUCUUCAUUAAGAUUUGAAAAGAAAAAUCUACCUCUAAUUUAUUGCAGCAACAUUUUUUUUCAGGUGGCUGUUGCAUAUAAUGUAUAUUUUUGGCAAUAAAGUAGCUUUAAAAUAAAAAGAAUGUGGAUUUAUUUCCAAAAUGUUACAAUUAAAACCUCCUGAGAAUGUUCCAUUGA